AUGGAUUUCCAAGACUAUCGUUUUCAUUGUUUCUUCAUCACAGUCAACUUAUUGUGCCUCCAUAUCCUUUCUGUCUCAGGAGAAAAUGUGGCCAGUAGCAAUGUUUCAACUCCAUUCAAUAUUAGUAGUUUUCCCUCUGAUUUUGUGUUUGGUGCAUCCUCAUCUGCCUAUCAGUAUGAAGGAGCUGUAAAAGAGGAUGGCAAAGGUCCAAGUAUAUGGGAUACAUUUGCACAUAAAUUUCCAGGUAAAAUUUCGGAUAACAGCACUGGCGAUUUAGCAAAUGAUUUUUAUCAUCGUUACAAGGAAGAUGUAAAGCUGAUGGAAUUUAUUGGACUCAAUGCCUUCAGAUUUUCUAUCUCCUGGACAAGAAUUUUACCUCAUGGGAAAUUAAGUAAAGGAGUAAACGAAGAAGGGAUCACCUUCUACAACAACCUCAUUAAUGAGCUCCUGUCAAAAGGCAUACAACCUUUCGUCACAAUAUAUCAUUGGGAUCUUCCUCAAACCCUGCAAGAUGAGUAUGGUGGCUUUCUAAGCCCUCGUGUUGUGGAUGAUUUUAAAGAUUUUGCAGAGGUUUGUUUCAAAGAAUUUGGUGAUAGGGUUAAGCAUUGGUUGACUAUGAAUGAACCAUAUAUAUUCAUAGUAAAUGGUUAUGACUCGGGUGCACUGGCUCCUGGACGUUGUUCUUCUUGGCUGAACAAUGGCUGUCAUGUCGGCAACUCCGCCACAGAGCCUUACAUUGUUGCUCACACCAUGCUCCUUUGUCAUGCCCAAACAGUCAAAUUAUACAGGCAAAAGUACAAGCCGCAUCAGAAGGGCGAAAUUGGCAUAGCUCUUGUGUCUCACUGGUUUGUGCCGUACUCCAAAAGCCAAGUUGAUAAGAAAGCAGCUCAACGGGCCCUUGAUUUUAUGUAUGGAUGGUUUUUGGAGCCAUUAACAUAUGGAGAUUAUCCAAAAAGCAUGCACGAUCUUGUUGGAAAACGCUUACCAAAGUUCACACUCGAAGAAGCUAUGUUGUUGAAGGGCUCCUUUGAUUUUUUGGGACUCAAUUACUAUACUGCAAAUUAUGCUGCUAAUCUUCAUUCUUUCAAUACUGUUAACAUGAGCUUCUCAACAGAUUCUCAAACUAAUCUUACAACCGAGAGAAAUGGAAAAUUGAUCGGUGAUCCGACGAAUGUAAGUAUCUUUUAUGUGUAUCCAAGAGGGCUCAGAGAUCUCCUCGUCUACACCAAGCAAAAGUACAGAAAUCCAACUAUUUAUAUCACAGAAUGUGGAAUUGGCGAUGCUAAUAUUAAUUCAAUAAAGCAAGGGACCAAUGAUCCACAAAGGAUAAAUUUUUACCGCCGUCAUCUUUUAGCCGUUAAGGAAGCUAUUACGGAUAAGGUUGAUGUGAAGGGCUUCUUCCCAUGGUCAUUUUUAGAUAAUUUUGAAUGGGGUUCUGGAUACACUCAAAGGUUUGGUUUAGUUUAUGUGGAUCGCUCACAAGGACUCAAAAGAUAUCUCAAGAAUUCAGCCCUUUGGCUCAAGAAAUUCCUUGAGUAG